UUUAAAAUCACAACCAACUAUGACGCAAGGUUUACAUUGGAGUAAUCUGAAAACACUAAUAAGUUAACGUCAAUUUUUUGGGCAACAAAAAAAUCCCAACUUUAACUUUCAAAGUGUUGUUAUGUGGAUAAAGCCAAACCUCAGAAUGGAGCCACGAAAGAGAAAUGGAGACAAUUCAGUUCGAAACUGGAGACAAUUCUGUUCCAACAGAGGAGCAAAAUAAGCUCAUGAAGAUUUCAUGUUUGUUGAGUGUUUCCCAACUCCUUUUUCCCGUCUUUUAGUUAGGCAGAUUUUCCCCUUCUCUUUAGUUCUCACUUCUUGUGCUUACCUUCCUUUUUGCUCAUAUAACAAUGAACAAAAUAUGGCAGAUUUCCAAUCAUCCUUUCUCCUUUACAGGAAACACCCAUCAUUACUCCCAACAAUAAUCCCUUUUUGCAUUCCUUGAAACUUGAGCUUUUCUCCCACCAUUUAAAUAACCUUCUAAUUCAUAGCCUUUUUUCCUCCCUCCCCCCUCCUUUUUUUGCCUUCUUUUACUCCUGUUCUUCAUUAAUGAUGGAUUCCUCUUCCUUUAACUCUGUUAAUGGCUUCUACUCUUUCCUAACCAGAGGUAUUGAUGAUCUUGAAAGAGGGUUUCUUUCAAACAAUUUUAUGUCUGUUCAUUUUCUCCAGAAAGUCUUGACCCUUCUCAGAUCAUUCCAUACCCAUUUGAUUCUGCUGGUUCAGAAACUCCAUUUACCAGUUGGUGAAAAAUGGCUGGAUGAAUACAUGGAUGAAAGUUCUAAGCUUUGGGAAAUAUGUCAUGUCCUGAAAUCUGGAAUAUCUGGCCUGGAGAAUUACUACUCUGCAGUUCACAACAUAACUUCAUCGAUUGAGAAUCAUAAGCAUCUGUGCCCACAACUCAAUCGACAGGUACUCAGAACAAUUAAUGCUUGCAGAAGAGAAGCUGUGGGAUUAGAGGAAGAAAACAGGGCUUUAUUGGAGACAAGAAUUCAGACAGAAGCAUUAAGGUUUGAUGAGAGAAUCUCCAUUGAAUCAAAGCUAAAUGGAUUCAAUGGAUUCAGGGGAGUUCUGUUUUCCAUGAGAAAUGUGAGUUCACUUCUGCUGAUGAUCUUGCUUCAUGGGCUGGUCUUUUGUUGGCCUGAAUCUAACAAUGGAGGGGGAUACGAGGGAUGUUUGUUCUUCGGAUCAGCCUUCAUGGUUUCAACAGCAAGAUUGCACGAAAAACUCACAGCAGAAAUGAACCAAAUCAAUGGAAGACCUGGGAUUUUGAUGUAUGAAUUUAGGAGAUCAAAGGCAGCCAUUGAUGAACUGAGGAAUGAGCUGGAGAAGAGAUGCUCCCAGAGAGUGGAUUGGAGAUCAGAAGUUAGCAUCAGAGAAAGAGUGGACCAAUUGAAGUGUUGUUGUGGUGUAUUGAGAUCAGGGGCUGAGAAUAUAGUUGGGCAACUUGAUGAUUUCUUUGAUGAAAUUGUUGAAGGUAGGAAGAAGCUUUUGGAUUUCUGUAGCCACAGAUAGAAAGAGGAGAAAUUAUUUUAAACAGAAAAAAUUAAAAAUUAAAUUUUAUCAAAAAAAAAAUACAUUUAUUAUCAUUUCUAUGUUUAUCUCCACUGGAAUUUUCACUUUUGUAUAAAUAAAAAUAGCUGGACAGAGAUGCUAAUAUCCUUCUUUGUAGGAAUUGUGGAGGAAAUUUUGUAGGGAAAUGAAAGAAAUGGCAAUGACUAGUUGAAAUACGUUCUUUUCUUUUUAAUCUUCAUUCAUCUCUUUCUCUUUGUUUGGG